UUGAUGUCAUUAAAGUUGUCAUGUUUGUUUUUAUAUUUACAGGUAUAAUUCCUUGAUUUUGUUUUAUUAUUGCCUUCCUUAAUUAAUCACGUGUAUCUGGAUAAAAUCAGUAAACAAUUUAUUGAAAUUACAAUGGAUAGUGCUGAUAUCAAAGCGAGCAGAUCAUUCGCGAAUAUUCUUCAAUCAUUCAAUUAUGAUUUUGAAAUAACAGAUUUAUCCACAAAAAUUAAUAAACUCCACAAUAAGGAUCACAUUUUGUUAUUCUAUUUACACCACCACGAUGAUCCUUUCUCUUCGGAUUUUUGUGUCUUCUUGCAAAAUCGUGAGAUCGAAGAAGCUUUUCGAAAAAAUCGCUUGGUUCUGUACGCUUGGGAUAUUUCAAAUGCGGAUCAAGUAGAUGAAUUAAUAUUGAGUUUUGCAAAGUAUUUUGAUGACCAUAUGAUUGAUUAUUUUCUUACAAAUAAAUCCGUUGCAUUUGGCAUUGUAUCCUACGAUAGAAAGCCUUUUAUAUUUAAAGAAGUUUAUACUCCUCCAGAUCUGGUGUCACUGCGCGAAUUAUUACUGAAAACUGAGCAUGCAAAACCUCCGACUUCAUAUGAUUUUCUAAAAUCAAUGGAAAAAAUUAUGAACGUCGAUGAGUAUACUAGUUACGAACGCGAAGAUCAUGAUGAAUUAAAGGCGAAUAUAAAGUAUGCUUUGUAUGGUCCACCCAUUGAUGUAGAGGAAGAAAUCAAAAAUAAAUCAUCCAAGGAGGAGAAAAAUAUAAGAGAUAGCAUCAAAAAACAAGAUGAAGCAGUUGAGGAAAUGUUCCGUAAAAUUUUGGAAACAAAUAAUAAAUAUUGCAAAUGGAAUGGAAGAGUGGUCUUAAAAAUGAUAUAUGUUUGUUUAGAAACGCUUCCAAAAGAAAAAGAAAAAAAAGCUAAACGAUUCGCUAAAGAAAAAAAAGAUUAUGAUCCCGAUUCAGAUUAUGUACCAUAUCCGGUAUUUAUACUGCGAAAAUGCAAGCGUAAAACUGACCCUUGUAAAGUAGCUUGUCGAAUUAUCAUUGAUACUGAAGGACGAGUGUAUGAAUCAUGGUCCGCUUUUCUUGACAACAAUAAAUAUCCACCUGGCGAAAUUAUCUAUCCAAAAGAUGGACGUUACGUUGCUGAUGAUGAUGGUAGAUCCACGAUUUAUUGCUCUAAAUUAUCACCCGCUUGCAAUCCCCUUCAACAAAUUGCUGGUGUUACGGAUGUUGCUGCUGGAGUUUCAGGUGUUGUGGCUGGGGGCGUGUCUAUAGCUGGUACAUCAGCAGCUGUUGUCGGCGCUGUACCAUUUCUUGCUGCCGCAGCACCCAUAGCUUUACCAAUAGCAGCUUUUGUAGGAAUUGGAAGCGGACUUUAUGCAGUUGGAAGAAGUAUAAACAGUUUGGUAGACAGAAAAAAACAUAAACAGGAAAUAGAUUUGAAGAACGCUGAAAGUCGAGCGGCAUUCCUAAAUAUUGCAGGUGGCGUAUUUAGUGUAGGAAUGUUUGGAGCCAUGAGAACAGUGUCUUUCCUUGCUGGAAGAGGUUUUCAAUUAGGAACGGGAACCAGAUUCGUCUUGUAUGGAUUAAACGGUGUUAAUUUAACAAUUGGAGGAAUGGGAAUAGGAAAUGCUAUUUAUCAAGCAAUAAGUUCCAAAACAAAGUCACCACUUGUAAUUGUACAAUUAGGAGCUUCAAUUUUAUUUUUUUCACAUUCUGUAUAUACCUUUAAAAAUAUUGGUACUAUUAUUGAAGAAAGUCAAAAUCAAAGUUUGAGCGAAAUAGAGCUUAGUUUGAGAAGUAACAGGCACAGACGAACAUUCAAUAAGAUGUUAAAAGAAUCGAUCAGAACUCAAGGAGAGUCUCAAGGAAAAGCAUCCGUUAUUUCAUCAAUUCGUAAUACGAAAAAUGUAGACGAAGUAAUAGCAGUGUUAACACGCUCUAAUAAGAUGUUCAAUAAGGAAGGAAUUCGGUUCAGUGCAGUUGGUGAUCAAAUACUACUAAAUGGCCGACCUGUUGACAUGAUGAAUUUUGGAUCUAUGGCCAGAUCAGAUCAAACAACAUUUUUAGAAACAUUCCCUCCUAUACCCGAAAAUCUUACACCAAAUGUUCGGUCAAGAAUCGCAGACGACGUACAAAAUUGGGCAGGAGGUUUAAAAAAUAUCGUCUCAAUGGGAGAACUCUUUUUAAAUAGAAAUAUUAACCAAAUAGUCGAUGAAAUCUUAAGUGCCUUUGAAAAAGUUACUCGCGAUUAUAUUUUCAAAAUUACAAAACGUCUGUUUAAUAAAAUAGAUCCACUAGUAUUGCACUGCUUAGUAGACGGAAUAACAAACAGAUUUAUUAAAUUAUUAAAAUGGGCUUGCAACCAACUCAGGAACAAUAAAUUGUUCCAAAAAGUUUUCAACAAAGGUACAUCAACAGAACAUCUAAGUGAAUCUGAAAUUGAUACGAUUGUAAAUAACUUAGAAAAUGAUUUGUAUUCUUCAUACAUAAAUUACGAAUAUGACAGUGAAAUAAAUAACAUGAGAAAACAACAACGUAGAAGCGGAAAUCCUACGAAAACAAAGGUUAUGUGUGAUUGCGGAGGAUACUAUUAUAAUUAAUUAAACUACUUUCAAGUACAAUAUUGAAAUUUUAAUUAAAUUAAUAUUUAUGUACACUAAAAAAAAUUAGAAAGGAACAACGUAGAAGAGGAAAUCCAACAAAAAGCUAUUCUUGCCAAGGAUAUUAUUAUAUUUAAUUUAAUACUACUAAGAUCCAUGUUCGCAAUAGCUCAUCCAUUAGCACUAAAUUAAUAUAGUAAAGAUCACUC